AUGUCCCAAUCCUUCACCCCCGCCGACGUCGCCGCCCACAACUCCCCAGACAAGGGCCUCUACAUCAUCAUCGACAACAACGUCUACGACGUGACCAACUUCGUCGACGAGCACCCGGGCGGCGCGAAGAUCCUGAAGCGCGUGGCUGGCAAGGAUGCCACCAAGCAGUUUUGGAAGUACCACAAUGAUGGCGUGCUGAAAAAGUACUCGCCUAAGCUUAAGAUUGGGGAGGUGAAGGAUGCGGCGAAGCUUUGA